CUCACAGUUUUCUUUGUUAAUAAAUCACUCACUAAUCUGUUCAGACACCUUAUAAGAGGCCGAGCAGAUAUACAGUUACCACAGAAGAAACUCUCCUCUAAACUGAGAAGCAUCUUGCAUCAUCUGAAAAUGAGAGUCAUCAGUGUUGCCCUGGUUUUGAUGGUCUGUGUGUGCAUGGGAGCUGCAGAUGUGCAAGUUAGGGUUGGAGACAGGAGCUUCCCCUUGGAGACGGUGAAGCAGCUGAAGGAGCUGAUGGAUGUAGACCAGAGCGUUAGCCCUCGCCUCGCUGAGACAAGCGUUGUAGCCGUUUGCGCCAACCCUCUCCUGCCGCAGAUCUUUCAUCCUGUGUGCCAAGGGAAGGGAGCAGGCAUCGUUUUCUCAGAACUAGGGUAUAUCAUGGCAUCCCUGGAUCCUUGUGAAAUAUGUGCCAACCCCUCCUGCUAUGGGUGUCUGAACUAAGGCUGCCAUCUGCCUGACACAAACAUAUCCACUGAAAGCCUCUGGGGGCGUCAUCCUCCAUAGUUCUUUUACAUUUCUAUGUAUAAGGCAUCCAUGGACAUCGACAAAAACAUCCUGUCACCCAGCAACAACGUCAAACAGGUUUCAAGGCUCAGUGGUCAAAGCACUGGAUUUUUAUAGAUAUAUAAAAAACACUGAGCCAUUCACCAUUUUUGUUUGUGUUUAACUUUUGCUAGAUGCUGUUCAUACAUACAUAGUCCCUUGUCAGUAAAGACAGACUUUCUGCAGUGUUUGAAUAUUACUUUGUUGUCUUCAACUUUUAAUUUAUUGAGUCUGAUGCAGCUUCUUGGAAAUAAAAAUAUGU